AUGGUUCAAUCUCUCUGUGAAAACAAGCGAUUUUGUCAACUUAUUUGUCAGUUACGGAAAAAUAAUAAUAAAUCGUCGAUAUCAAAAGCACUUGUCGACGCUUCACGUUCUCUACUUAAUGAAAACACACAUGCGCUUCAGCGUCGUCGAUUUACAUUAUCGCAGCUUGAACGAUUAGAAAACACGUUUGCUCAUAGUCGAUAUUUAAAUAGACAAGAAUGUUCCGUGCUCGUUCAAGACUUACAAAUCGAACGAUACAAAAUUCAACAAUGGUUUGCACGACGACGAAUGAAGUUCAAGCAAGAAUUACGCAAUACAAUUGCACUUCCCGCUCUACCUGUACUUCCACCCGUUCUGCUCGCAUCGGUUGCUGCGUAA